AUGGCUUUUGGCACCGAACGUCACUGGAGCGCAUGGAAUUUCUUCAUCUGCUUCAUGGUCUCCCUGGGCCAGAUCGCUUUUGGAUACCCUGCUUCCAUCAUCGGUGUUACACUUGCCCAACCAUCUUUUCUGGUUUACAUGGGCCUGCUUGAUGUCACACAGGACCCCCCAGUCAUGACUCCAGGUAAGGCGACCAUGCUUGCAGAGCCUCACCCGGCCGAACUGACGAACAAACAGGGGCGGAUCAGAAGAUUGGUGCAAUGUCAGGGGUAG